AUGGGCACUCAUUGUUCGCAGCCUGCCGAGAGAUUGGUUUACGAAGCAGACCCUGGGAAAUGUGCAUGCAAUGCCAAAUAUUCGGACGCGCCUACUGCUGCUGCCCCUCCCCUCCCUGCUUGCGCUAACUGCCAGAAUCCGCAUGUCGCUAACGACAAGAACUGCCGCGCCCGUGCCAAAGAACUGAUCAAACUCAACAUCGCCUACAAAAAUAAGCCAAAACUUCACCCGGAGAAAACCGCCACCCUCCCUCUUAAUAUACCGGUCAGCCAUCCAACUAUUCUGCCAUCUGGAGGGCCAAUCCAUGUCUCAACCGCGCAGACAGACGCCCAAACAAAAAGCGACUCGGGGAGCGUGUUUAGCCCAAACGAUUUGGACCGACCGGCCAAACAGCGGCGGACUGCUUGCACCGCACUUACCACUUAUCUCCCCACCACCCCAACGCGCAAGCCCGCCGUCACCCGUGCCCACCGGGUCAGCCUGGAAAGCACCGACAGCGAGGCAACCGGCGAUUUCAAGCCGGGAAUCAGGCCAGGAAGCGACUCCGUCCUCCCUGCAUUGGACCGAGCAAUCCGGGAGGCAUUCUCGCGGGGUGGCGGUCCGUCCCAUCCGUCCUCCUCUUCCUCCGAGCCCGAGCCCGAACCUGAGCCCGAACCCGAAUCUAAGCCUGAACAUAAGGCCGACCCUCAGCCUCAACAACAUCGCCCGAAUCCCGAUGCUGCUACUGCUGUCCUUGCUGCCGCCGCCGCUGCAUGGCGCCCCCAAGCCGCCCAUCCUCAGCAGCCUCUUAAAGGCAAUUCGACUGAUGCAUACAACCCAUAGAGGUUCGCGCUCUUUGGAAAGGUAAAGGAUAAUAUGCCCAUGUUCCCAACUAAGCAGAGCCGGGUCUAUUACACAUUAAGCCAGAUGGAAGAACUUAUCUUUUUAGUAAUGCAGCGGGUGGCCACCCGCAGCCCAGAG